UAUUUUUUUCCGAUGGCCACCAUAGUCGUCGAGGCAAAGCCCCUACCAAAAUCAUACAAUCUCCCUCAGGCCCCCAAAACCCGUAUUUCUGCGCCCACAACUCGUCGAUUGAUAUCCUCAGGGCCCGCCUACUUAUCCCAUCUUCGCCUUACUCUGAACCAUAACAAUUCAUUCGAAGAACAGGACGCCUACGAUGAAAAAGAACGUCAGCGACUUGAAGAACUUCAAGGCUCGUCUUUGAACGGAGAAGAUGAUCUCGGGGUUGGGGACGAGCCCGAAACUGAAGAGAUUUUAUCACUAGAUCCAAAGGAAUGGAAGAAACACGAUUAUUAUGCAGUCCUCGGUCUCUCUCACCUUAGACACGAAGCAACGCCAGAGCAAAUUAAGAUUGCUCACCGCAAAAAAGUUCUUAAGCACCAUCCAGACAAAAAGGCCACCUCGACCUCGACUUUUACUCCGACGACCUCUUCGCUCCUCGGACUUAAUAUGAAUACAAAUGACGAUGCCUUCUUCAAAUGUAUCCAAAAGGCGCACGAAGUACUUACCCAUCCUGAAAAACGACGCCAAUUCGAAUCCGUAGAUCCAGAGUUUAUCGAACAGUCUGAAGACGUCCCGGCUGCUGCUGCGGCCAAGAAAAUGGAUUUCUUCGAGACGUUUAGGCCUAUCUUUAAGCGGGAGGCCAGGUUCUCGAGGAAACAACCCGUUCCGAUGUUGGGAGACUUCGAUGCAAGCAAGGAGCAUGUUGAAGGAUUUUACGAUUUCUGGUACAAAUUUGAUAGCUGGAGAAGCUUUGAGUGGUGGGACAAGGAGGUUAACGAAGGGAGCGAUAACCGUGAUGACAAGCGUUACACUGAGAAGAAGAACAAAAGCGAGCGUGCACGUAGAAAGAAGGAAGAUAUCGCACGCCUCCGACAGAUUGUCGAUCUCGCUCUGAGCCUUGACCCUCGUAUCAAGCGUAUCAAAGAUGAGGAAAAGGCGGCUCGUGAGGCGAAAAAGCUUGCUCGUUCUCAGCCCGCGUCUGGAACCAAUACUGGUGCGAAUACACCAAAGAAAUCCAAACAGGAGGAAGAAGAAGAGAAGAAGAAACAGGAAGAAGCGGAAAAGACGGCCAAAGCAGAGGCUAAAAAGGCGAAAGCUGCCGCUGCCAAUGCUGCAAAGAAGGCUAGGCGUCAACAACGAGCCGCUGAAUCAGGAGCUGCUUAAGAUGUUGCUGAGGUUGUUCCUUUCCCAUUGUGACAUAUGUCCUUCGCUAAUUCGUGGUGUUCCAAAGACGAAGAUCUCUCAGGUUCUUAGGAAAUGAAAAGUAGAUGUUGUGCUUUGUACACCCGAUGCAAUUCAUAGAGAGGCUUUCCAACCCCCAAGUCUAACCUGUAGGCCGUCGAUCUUGAUGCGUUUCCCGUAAACAGCAAAUUGAUUCGUACCGAGGGUUUUCACAACAAUGGAUGGUGGACGUGCAGUCCUGGUGUCAUAAUUCAGACCAAAACAACCUUCCGUGUGGACUUGAUCGAGCUAAUGGUCGGAUUACCCUCUCGUAAACUUUUACGCAUUGCAAUUACAUCGGAUGCA